UCCCACGCUGGCGUUCGCUCCCUGGGACCUGGCUCCCAGGCAGAUGUGGUUUUCCAAGCAUCAAAAUCUCCAUUGAACAUCGAUGGUCGCCUGCCCCGUGAGCUCCUUGCACCUUCGCAGGAGGUGGCGGGCACCCAUGGGGUGCCAUGGCUCAUGCCCCACAGCGGGCAGCUGCCUGUUGCGGCAGGGCCAGCCCCACGGAGCCUGGGAGCCUCUUCCCUGGCUACAAGGCAGCUCCCCCUGACGUGUUGGACAUAUGAUGUUUUCUCGAGCCCUGGAAUAAAUAACCCCCCGAACGCACAUCCUCCCACGCAGGCGGCCAGCUCCUGCAGCCCGCGCUCAGCUGCACCGUCCGGCGCUGCGCACCGCGUAUCCCCGCACCGGCGAAGGCGCAGGAGAGCCGCCGGGUACGGGAGAAGCCGGUUUCCCGACGGUGACCACGGUGUCCUGCCACGCCGUGCCACGCCGGGGCCAUGGGGCCACGGGGGGUCUGCUUCCCCGUGGCUCUGCUCGUCCUCGCAGCCGCAGGAGUCGGGAGCCGGGAGGAGGGACUGUGUACCCUCCACGUGCUGGUAGCCCUGGAUGUCACCGACUACCAGCAGUCCAACCUGCAGCCCUACCUGGAGCAGGUGUUGCGGGACCUGGCCGCGCUGGACCACCUCACCUGCAGCCUGCUUGGCCUGAGCAUCAGCCUGCAGAGCACGCAGCGGGAGGGGGACACCCUUUUCCAGGACCAGCUGCGGGAGCCCUGGGUGGAUGUGCUGCAGCGUCUGGCGCGGGCGCACACCUUCCAGCGCUCCUACUUCAACCAGCCCGCCCUGCAGACUUUCCUCGGCACCCUGGCACGGCAGGCGGCUGAUGCCAAGGUGCUGCUGGUGUUCACGGAUGGGCUGGAUGAUGAUGCAGGGAAGAUGAAGGAGGAGGCAGUAUCAGCUUGGCUGCAAGACCAGGCUGACAUGCUGGUGACGGUGGCGGUGAACAACGCCACGGGGCUGGGGGACCUGCAGCAGCUGGAGUUUGGGCGGCAGCUGGGGAGCGGGCAGCAGCUCGCCGUGGACAUGCCGGAGGCCGGCGGGCAUGUGGCACAGGAGCUGCUGGCCCUGGCAGAGCGGACGUGCUGCCAGAUGUGUCCCUGCACCUGCGUGGGGCUGCCCGGUCCGCGAGGCCCCAGCGGCCCCCGGGGGGACAAGGGGGUGACAGGCAGCAAGGGGCGCGCUGGAGACGAGGGCGAGCACGGGCACAGUGGGGAGCAGGGACUGCGAGGUCCCUAUGGCAGCCGAGGGAUACAGGGAUGCCCUGGACAGUGUGGACCAAAGGGCUUCGUGGGUCACCCUGGGGAGCAGGGACCUCCUGGAGAUGCUGGCUAUGACGGCGUGGAUGGGGAGCAGGGUGAAGUGGGGACCCCCGGCUGUCCUGGAGAGAAGGGGUCCCAGGGGAGGCAGGGGCAGAAAGGCUCCAGGGGUGCCCGGGGUGAGAAGGGGCCCCCAGGCCCUCGCGGAGAGGUGGGGCCACCUGGGAGGAGAAGCCCUGAGCCCGGUGUCCCAGGGUGGAGAGGAGAUGGGGGUCCCCAGGGAGAUCCAGGCCAGGAUGGUCCCCCGGGGCCAGUGGGACCCCCAGGUCCCCCCGCUCACCCGACCUCGUGCCAGAAAGGGCAGCAGGGAGUGCAGGGCAAGAAGGGCAACCGCGGCAGCCCCGGCCCCGGGGGCCAGAAGGGCUAUGGAGGUGCCCAGGGGCUUCCAGGGUUGCGGGGGUUGAAGGGUGCCACCGGCCGCCCAGGGAGCAGAGGACUUCAGGGUCUGCCCGGAGCCGAGGGCUCCCAGGGAGCAGCUGGCCCAGCCGGCCCCAAAGGGGAGAAGGGGCAGGCAGGAGCCGAGGGCAAGAGGGGAAGCGUGGGACCACGGGGGCCCAAAGGUGCCCUGGGCGAGAACGGGUGUGACCAGAGAGGUGCUCCAGGGAGGAAGGGUGCCAAGGGUGCUCGGGGCCUACCGGGAUACCCCGGCGCUCAGGGUGAUGGGGGUGAGAGAGGAUCCUCGGGGGACAAGGGCGUGCGAGGGCUGCCCGGGCGCAGGGGCCACCCCGGGAGCAGAGGAGAAGCAGGCGGCCGCGGCAGCACGGGACCUCCGGGAGAGAUGGGCCCAAAGGGCUCGCCAGGCAUUCCCCCCUCCACGCCUUGCGAGCUCAGGGCUUUCAUCCGCCGGAGCUGCGUCACCACCUCGCCCUCCUGCCCGCUUUUCCCAACCGAGCUGGUUCUGGUGCUGGAAACCUCCUCCACGGUGCCGCCAGCUCUCUUCUCCCGCAUGAAGGAGCUGCUGACCCUGAUGUUACAAGACCUGCAGGUCUCCCCGCUGGGCUGCCCGGCAGGGGCCCGGGUGGCUGUGCUGGCCUACGCGGCCACCCCCACCUACCUGCUGCGUGCCGGGGAGGUGGGGAGUGGGGCCGCGCUGCUGGGGCUCCUCCGCCGCCUCUCGCCCACCCGCUCCUCCCGGCGCGGCCGCCUGGCCGCCGCCAUGCGCUUCGUGGGGCACCAUGUGCUCAAGAGAGUCCGGCCGGCCGCCCUGGGCAGGAAGGUGGUCAUCUUCAUCACCAGCGGCCAGAGCCAGGACCUGGAGGGCAUCGGGGAGACAGCCCUGCAGUACGAAGCCCUGGGCAUCGUGCCGGCGGUGCUCACCUUCAGCCCGCUGCCCAAGGUGGUGCAGGCUUUCCAGGUCAACAGCCUCUUCCGAGUGGUCCAGCUCUCCGCGGAGGAGCCGGCCGGGGAUGCGGCGGUGCUGCGGGAUGUGGUGCUGCCCUGCGUCCUCUGCUUCGACCUCUGCAACCCUGAGGGCUGCACCGCAGCCGUGCUGUCCCCUGACCCCGUGGACGUGGACUUGGCUUUGGUGGUGGACAACGCAGCCCCAGGGAUGCCGGCGGAGAGGCUGGAGGCUGUCAGAGAGCUCUUCUACUGCCUCCUGGGGCACCUGCAGCUUGCGGAGCUGGAUGCGGUGCAGCGCGGCACCCGCAUUGCCCUGGUGCUGACCGGCCCCUCCACCCCCGGGCAGGGUUUGGCCGAGGUGCCCUUUGGGCUGUCCGGCUCCAGGGAGCAGCUCCAGGAGCGCCUCCGCCUCGCGCUGGUGCCCAGGGCAGCCGCGGCAUCCCUCAGCGGCACGGUGGCGUGGACCCUCCGGCACGCCUUCCCGCAGAGCUCCGGUGGCCGGCUCCGCAUCCUCUUCGUGGUGGGGACGGGGGCUGCGGUGCUGUGGGACAGGGAGGCGCGGCAGGCUCUGGUCCCUUUCGCCUCGUGCGAGGAUUUCGGGGUCUUGGUGCUCUCCCUGGGGCGAGCUGGGACGGAGCAGCCAGAGGCAGCAUUGCCCGAGGCACUGCCGGCGUGGAGGUACCACUCCCUGCGCCUGGGCUCGGUCCACCCACCCGAGAUGGGGUACGCGGAGAGGACGGUGAUGGGCUUCCUCAGGAGGCUGAGGGUGGAGAGCAGCCAGCGCCCCAGCACCCUUGGGUGCCCCUGGGAGCUGCCCCCCACCGGUGCCAGGACCAGCAAGCCCCGCCUGAGGACCCCCGCGCAGACCCCCAAGGUCCCAGCCGUGUCGCCCACCAGGAUGCCCACAGCACCUUCUGGCCCCGGCAAGGGUCGGAGGGCUGCGGCCAUUCCCGGACCCUGCGCCCUGGACAAGGACCCCGGCAGCGCCUGCGCCAGCUUCUCCGUGAUGUGGUACCACCGGUGGGAGACGGGAUCCUGCGAGCGCUUCUGGUACGGGGGCUGCGGGGGCAACGCCAACCGCUUCGGCAGCGAGCGGGACUGCAUCCGCGCCUGCGUGGACUCGGGUCCUGACGGAGCCGGCGUGGGCGAGAACAACAUGACACAGGCCGCCUGCCUGGAGGCACAGGACGCAGGGCCCUGCCACUCAUUCUCACCUAAGUGGUUCUUCGAGGGCCGCCAGUCCGGCCGCUGCUCGCUUUUCUGGUACGGGGGCUGCGGCGGCAACCGCAACCGCUUCGAGAGCCGGGAGCAGUGCGAAGCAGCCUGCCUGCCCCCGGGCAGGGUGAGCCCCCCGGCCCCCAGCCCUGCCAACGCCUCCGCCUGCACCCUUGCACCCGGCUGCCAGGGCUGACACCCCCCCAGAUGGGGUCCGGGGUGCCCCUGGUCCCCUGGGAUGCAGCACCCGGAGGCACGGCACUCGCCCUCUGCAAACCUCGCCUGCCCCCGCCUGCGCAGGCUCGAGAAAAGAGGACACUUGAAUUAUUGCACAAGGACCUUGGGGUCCUGCCAAGUUUCUGACAGCUCAUCUUCAGCUGCUCCAUCAUGGGGUGAGGAGGUUGAGCCGCUGGCGGGGGUGCUGAGCCCUUGCAAAACUCCGCACACCUCCUGCCAUCCGCUGCGCCAGGAGGACGCAGGUACCCAAGGGCAGGCUGGUCAGCCUGGGAGCCUUUAAAAUAAAAAC